AUGACUUACCAAGCAAAUUUCGCUCCAUUUGGGAGGCAUGGCGACGUUAAAGAUGCCUCUUUUAUUCCAGCACACUGUGAUCCAAAUCUAUUCUCAUCACGAAGGUCGGUUCAGUUUUCACCAACUUCUCUUUCUAUAUCCCGUCUAAACGUUGCUCACGAAAGAAAAACAAGCCCAGGAAUAGGCAGAGAAAAUGGGAUACCUACGCCUUGGGCUACGGCUGAAAUCGCGAGAGCAUACAAUAACAGGAUAUCGUCCCCACAGAAAGACCAAUAUUCCCAGAAGCCAGCGGGAACCGCCCCAUUUUCUGAACGUCACGAUUUACCUGAAUCCUGGAACGUCUAUGCCAAUAGCAGGACAUCCCUGUCUCCUUUAUCAUAUGAUCAAUAUUCUUUCCCACCACCUGAACCUAUAUCACGACCUAUCGGGGGACAAUUGAAGCAAGUCCCGAGUAAUGGUAGCUGGGAAAUGCCCGUUCCUAACUCAAAUGACAAUCAUGUCCCCAAAAUUCUUCCAGAAGAAGCAAGUUUAUUCCCAGAACGGUUGAAGCGCCGGAACACAGAUAGUGUACGAAGUACCGCGCGAUAUCACUCCCAACGCCGCCCAGGGAAUCGGGAUGAAUUUGAUGGACCGACCCAGCUGCUAGACAUGCCAUCUACGUUGAACGUGGAAACCCAAGAAGAUGACCUUCCCACUUUGCCCACCACUUUGGAUGUACAAGAACAAGACCAAAUUCUCAGUGAAGUUAAUGAUCGUUUGUCCAAGUGUGCAUUCGAUUUUGUUGCCAAAUACCAGUUUCCAAUCCCUGUGGAAGCGGAUAAAAAGCAUGUUAGAGGACCACAAGACCGCGAAUGGACCGAAUGGGUGUACCUCCUUAAAAGGCUUGCUACCAAACGCCGCAUCCCAGCCAGAGUGCUAUAUAAUGGCCAAAUCAAGCAGUUUGUAACCGUGCUAGAAAAUGCACUGGAGACGCGCCAUGUGGCAAAGAACCAGAGUCGCUCUCUCAAAGAUGAUCGCAACAUUCUUCAAUUUAUAUCCGCGGGAACUCAGGUUGCUAAAAUCCUCAAGGAUGCCCCUGCUAUGGAACAUUUUGAUUGGUUAUAUGUCCGGACAGAGCAAUAUAUCCAUGAGCGGCGGAUCCAGCGAAAGAGUUUUGCUUUUGAUAACGCCCACUAG